UGAAUCACUUCACCAAGGACAAGUAUCUACUCCAUUGUGAAAGGAGGAGAAAGAGGGGUCAGUGUUACGACAGAGAGGGCAUCUUCAUCCAUAGCUCUUCUCUGAGUUAUUAAACAGGGCCAUGUGUUUCCAUUUGUGAGGUGCAGAGCAAAUAAAUCCCCAGUGCCGAUGAUGUUAAGCCAGCGAAGAUCCCCGGUAGUAGCUUCACUACAGCUUCCGCCGGUGACAACUCUUCUGUUUAUAUGGGUCUUAAGCUGGGGGCAUGCAACAGCAGAUACUGAUAUAGCUAACAUGACGGCACUCCAGAAACAUGUCUCUUUUUUCGACGGUAACAAGGAUGGCAUCAUUACUCCUACAGAAACAUUUGAAGGAUUUGUUGCAAUUGGUUGUGAUGCUGCAUAUUCUAGAGACUCUGCCUCCUCCGUGCAUGCUGCCCUCGGUCCUAUAACAAGCCCGGUUGAUGCACCAUUGCCCCACAUUAAUAUUCACAUAGACCUAAUCCACAGAGCAAUGCAUGGAAGUGAUACAGGUGCAUUAGAUGCCAAAGGAAGAUUUGUUCCCCGAAAAUUCGAGGAAAUAUUCAGAAAAAAUGCAAAAGUCAGACCAGAUGCGCUGACAUCCUCAGAGGUGGAAGAGAUGAUCCUAGCAAAUCGAGAUCCACUAGACCCUCGAUCAUGGUCGGCGCCUGUAAAUGAGUGGGGGCUGACAUAUAAGCUCGCAAGUGAUAAGGAUGGUUUUCUUCACAAGGAUAGUGUAAGAGGUAUAUAUGAUGGAAGUGUGUUUGUCAAGUUGGAGGAAAAGAGGAGGUCCCUUCGGAGUGAAGUAUGAUGGGCGCGCUACACCAUUGUGUGUUUGCACAACAUUUGGGAAACCUAUGUGUUCAUAUAGUUGUCAAAUAUGAUGUGUAUUGUUCAAGUGUACUUGACUGAUUUUUAUAAGGAAACAUAGUGUGCCAACUAGCUGGUAGAAUACGAUAUUUACUGUUAAGAAAUGUGUUUACGUUGUAAGUCACACGUCAAUUUGUAAACUACAAUUGUUUAUUGUUUAUUGCACUGUCAUCAUAGCUAUAGUUAGCUUGAUCAA